GAAAUAAAACCAGAAGGAACCCGCACCGCGCAUUCAGCAGAGAUCGAGUUGUCGUAGCCAUGGCGUCGAAGGUUUCUUUUAAGAGCAAGGGCAAGAGCAGCAAGGGCUCAUCGAAGUCUUCUGAGGAGAAAUCAGCAACCCAGGCCUUCAAGGAGUGGAGCACUUGGGCCGUCAAGAAAGCCAAGGUCAUCACUCACUAUGGCUUUAUUCCUUUGGUCAUCAUCAUCGGCAUGAACUCAGAACCAAAGCCUCACCUCUCCCAGCUUCUCAGCCCCGUCUGAUUUCAUCCGUUUACCGCUUUUUCUGAUGGAUCGCUGCCUUCUUCUCGGUUUUCUGUUUUACCUGGAUUUUUGUUUGCCCUGCACGUUGGGUGAAUGGCUUAGUUAGCGUAUAAAAAUUAGUUAGGGUUUGAGUAUAAAGUGGAACGACAGAAGACUUGUAAUAAUUUGACCGAAAUUUUUGAUCUAUUUUGCAAUACUUCUGAAAUUUUUUUAGUCAGUCGCCUUAUCGGUAUGAAUGCUGAUGCGCUUCUCUUUUCCGAAUUGAAUUUUUAUUCAAAUAAUUGAAUGAUUUUAGGCUUUA